GCUUAAGCGCAUGCGUCAAUAGCGUUGGUGUCCACACGUGUUUUACCUUGGUUUCUAGAUUUUCCUUGAAUUUUCCUCCGUAAUAGACAGGAUGGUGCGAUUGGCAGGAGUCCUGAGGACAUUUGUUCCACUGUUUGAUCGUGUGUUGGUAGAGCGACUGGCAGCAGAAACCAAGACAAAAGGUGGCAUCAUGAUUCCAGAGAAGUCCCUUGGGAAAGUGUUACAUGCCACUGUUGUCUCCACGGGACCAGGGUCAAGGACAAGUGAUGGUACAGUGGUCCCAUGCAGUGUAGUAGCAGGAGAUAAAGUUUUACUGCCAGAAUAUGGAGGCACCAAAGUUGAGAUGGAUGACAAGGAAUAUUUCAUCUUCCGAGACGGAGACAUUUUGGGAAAGUUCACCUCUUAGAAGCAAAGUUCAGCAAGACUGUAAAUGCGAGUCUGAACAAACUUCUUCUGACGCACUCUUUUAUACACUCCAUUGUUACUGCCAAGUUAACAGUACGCUGUAACAGAGACGAAGCAUUUUAUAGUAAAAUUAUACAAAAAGUGUGAAAGUUAAAAUUCAACUUUAUUGAUCCUUGUAUAAAGUUAAUGGUGAACUUGGUUGUGUCAUUAUUUUUAUUUAAAGUGACUGCAAUGCUCACUUAAAGAUCAGGUUUUCACAUUACUUGCAUUAACUCAAAAAGGUGGGAGUUUUCACAUAAAGCUAGUUGAAGUUUAUGUAAUUGUGGAACUACAAUUUAAUUGUACAUACUCUUAAGUGAGUGAAAUUCCUGUUAAAUUGCACCAAGUUCUAACCAUUAAAGAGUUAAUAAAGUUGAAAGCACUACACACUUGCAAAAUGUGGAGAUGAUGUUGAACUGAGAGAAUUGAAACAUAGGUGAAAGGUUGAAUCAGAGUGCAGGAACAGGAAAUCAUUAGGUCAAUUUCAUGUUGGUUUCAGUCCAAUUUUUUCAUCAAAGUGAAGAUAGCCAGUUGUGCUGAACCAAAAUGAUGUGCAUGAGAUGAAAGGAUAGUGGAUCAAGAUUGCCAAAGCAGAGAAUAAAUGAAAAUAUUCAGACGAUUCUUAGUCAUUGGAUGAUUAUGUAGUUGCUGAUUUAAAUGAUUGGCAUUACUGUUUGUAUAUGAUACGCUUAUCUUGGUGAACUUCCUGUUGGUUAUAUUUUUAGGAAAAGAUUCUAGAAAAGGGGGACAUGUUUCCAGUUGCUGAGAAAAGCUAGAAAUGGAUGCAAUUCUUGAUGAAAGGGUUGGGUUCAAUAUUUGCCCCCUACUCUUUCCUCUAGGACCAUGCGAAAUCCUUUGUAGGUCUCUUCCAAUACUUUCAAAUCAAUAAAUUAAAAACUUUUUUGUCUUACUGUUCAUUGAGAAGUUUUUAACUUGAUCAUGUUGAUAACAAUAAAGGUGUUUACUGUAUUGCA